GACAAAAUUUGUAUAUCUGUCAGUCACAAUUACCACUUUUAGGGGACAUUAAAUAAAUUUUCUGUGGCAGCAAAUUUAAUGAUUUUGAACUGGGGGGCCUACAAAUUUCAAGAAUUUGUUUGGUGUUAAAAUUGUAAAUGGAUGUCGAUGAACACCUGGCUAAUUCAAAAUCGUGAAUCAACUGAUAAAUUAAGGUACGUACACCUAUGGCCAAACGGCUGAGUCCACGUAGCUCCGAAAUUAAUGCGCUGGAGCAACGGGGAUACUUGAUUGGAAAGAAAAUUGGUCAGGGUUCCUAUGCUACGGUACAUUUAGCCGAUUACGUUGAUGGUAACUCGGGCAGUAAACGAAUGCGACUGGCAUGCAAAAUUUUUGACAAGGAAAAGGCCCCUACAGAUUUUUUGGAAAAGUUCUUUCCCAGGGAAUUGGAAAUUCUUACAAAAAUUGAGAACCCACACAUUAUUCAGGUUCACAGUAUUUUACAAAGAGGACCCAGAGUUUUUAUAUUUAUGAGGUAUGCAGAUAAUGGUGAUCUAUUAGAUUUUAUUAAACGUAACGGAGUGGUACCGGAACAACAAGCGCGGCUUUGGUUUCGUCAAAUGGCGACAGGUUUGCAAUAUUUGCAUAACAAAAACAUCGCCCACAGAGACUUGAAAUGUGAGAACAUUUUAAUUUCCAAGAGGUUUAAUGUAAAACUUGCCGAUUUUGGAUUUGCUCGAUUUUGUUUUGUGGGCGGUCGCCGUGUUUUGAGUCAAACUUAUUGUGGUUCCGCGGCAUAUGCUGCCCCUGAAGUUGUGAAUGGUACACCGUACAAUCCCAAGCUUUCAGACGUGUGGUCAUUAGGUAUCAUUUUAUUUAUUAUGUUGAAUGCAUCGAUGCCUUUUGAUGAUUCCAAUUUACGAAAACUUCUAAAAGAUCAAAUGACACGUAAUUGGGUAUUUCGAUCGAGAAUCAGAGACACCAUAUCGCCAUCAGCAAAGUCGAUUGUACGCCAUAUUUUGGAGCCAGACAUUACUCUUCGUUUCACAUUGGAAAGGGUGCUUACACAUGAGUGGAUUAAAAAACGAGAUGCAUCGCUCCCAUCGGGUGGUAGGUUAGUGCACUCAUUAGCCGCUCCUAAACAGGCAGAAGCCUCAGGAAGUAGUGGGAUGGAACCGGCACAACAACCCGAAGGACCUAGUCGAGCGGCUGCCCCACCUUAUCCUCAAAAAAUAGAUACUUCACCAACAGAUGAAUAUAAAUGGCACGAGUCUCUUAGAAGUAAUCCAUUGUUAAACAUGCCACAACUAGCUGAUCCAGCGCGAAUGUGAUUGAGUAUUUAUCGGCAAUUUCAAAAGUGCAUUAAAUCCAUGCAGAAAUAUGUAUCUGAUUGCACUAUAUUGUUAGCAAUGCUGGAAAUCACUUGCAGGGAAUGAAAUAAAGUAAUAAAUUAGU